AUGGCGGACAACGCCGCAGCACUAGCCGCAGAGCUGACGAGCAUUAUUGCCUGUUCAUAUCCGGCUUCUCUUUCCGUAAGCCUCCCGUCGUUGCAAAUUCCUCCCUCUUCUCCCUGCAGCACCCAGUCGCGUUACUUCGGGGCUACCAUUCCAAGGCACAUGACUCCAUCCAUGUACAUGUGCAUAUGCAUCAACUCCAGCCAUCAGUGCUGA